AUGAAGGUCCUCAUCCCCAUGCUCGCCGCCUCCGUGGCAAGCGCCCACACAAUCUUCUCCUCCCUCGAAGUGGGCGGCGUGAACCAGGGCCUAGGCCAGGGCGUCCGCGUGCCCUCGUACAACGGCCCAAUCGAGGACGUGACGUCCAACUCGAUAGCCUGCAACGGGCCCCCCAACCCGACAACCCCGACCUCCAAGGUGAUCACCGUCCAGGCCGGGUCCACCGUCACGGCGGUCUGGCGCUACAUGCUCAGCACGACGGGCUCGGGCCCCGCGGACGUCAUGGACAGCUCGCACAAGGGCCCCACGCUCGCGUACCUCAAGAAGGUGUCGGACGCGACCGCCGACACGGGCGUGGGCGGCGGCUGGUUCAAGAUCCAGCAGGACGGCCUGGGCGGCGACGGCGUCUGGGGCACCGAGAAGGUCAUCAACGGCCAGGGCAAGCACCAGAUCAAGAUCCCCGAGUGUAUCGCGCCGGGCCAGUACCUGCUCCGCGCCGAGAUGAUCGCCCUGCACGGCGCUGGCGGCUACCCCGGUGCCCAGUUCUACACCGAAUGUGCCCAGAUCAACGUUGUGGGUGGGACCGGCUCCAAGACACCGGCGGACACCGUCAGCUUCCCUGGUGCUUACAAGGGAAGCGACCCCGGUUACUACCCCCCUCUCACCUCCUACACCAUCCCCGGUCCUUCUGUCUUCACUUGCUAG